GGGGUUAUUUCGGCAUUCAGUUCUUCGACUAGCGUUUUCCAUUGUGCAUUGGCAAUUUCUCAACAGGGGUUUUGGCUGAACUCAGUUUCAUGAAACAAUGGCUACGACAGUGGAAACAAUGUCAGCGGCCAUUGAACUGAUCGAGACAAAGAAAGAGAACCUAAAGAAGGCCUUCGAUGAGCUUCAAGCCCACUACAACGUCCUCUCCUCCUUCAAUCUCACCUGGUCUGACCUCGAUUCCCACUUCACCUCCAUCAAAGACUCCCUUAACCAAAAACUCCAGCUCCUCCAAACCCUCGAGUCCCAAUCCUCAAAUCCUUCUUCUUCUAUACCCCAAGACCCCUGUUCAUCAAACCCUCCAUCUCAGAAACCACAAGACCCUUCUUCUUCUUCAUGUCAGAUACCAAAGGACCCCUCUUCUUCGUCGAAUUUACCGACCCAUAUAGCAGGAGACCCGUCUUUGUCAUCGUUGACGUUGGCCCAGAUAACGGAAGACACCAAAACACUAACCCGGAUAAAAAAGGACCCACCUUCUUCAUCAAUUUCGUCGACCGAGGUGGUAAAGGAGCCUUCUUUAUCAAACCCUCCGACCCGGAACACGGUUGAGCUUGGUACGAGUCUUCAGUCGGUUUCAGUUCCUCCUCGGCCAGAGUUGGUGGCAUUUUGUGAGCGAAUGGAUGCAAUGGGGUUGAGAAAGUAUAUGAAUGAGACCUUGGAUAACCGAAACACCAUCCGGGCCGAGCUCCUGGGAGCUAUACGGUACGCCAAGGACCCUGCUGCGAUGGUUUUAGAUGCAGUAGAUGACUUUUAUAGUGAGAACGGGAGGGAUAAGGGAGAUAAGGACCCGGAAUUGUUUGCUGUGAGGAGAAGUGGUGUGCUGUUAUUGGAAGUGCUAAUGGGGGUUUCACCGGAUGUAGGAUUCGAAGUGAGAGAGAGAGCCAAGAAGUUGGCGUUGGCUUGGAAAGGGAAGGUGAGUAUGGAUGGUGAAAACCCGUUUGAGGCGUUGGGAUUCUUGCAUUUGGUGGCAGCUUAUGGACUGCAGUCUGAAUUCAAGAUGGAUGAGCUUGUUGAUCAUUUUGUUAUUAUUGCGCGGUAUAGGCAAGCUAUCGAAUUGUGCCAGAAAAUUGGUUUGGGAGAUAAGAUUGCAGAUCUCAUUCAGAAACUUGUAAGUAAGGGAAAACAUCUUUUGGCUGUUAAAUUCAUUUCUGAAUUUGAUCUGACUGAUAAGUUCCCACCAGUUCCCCUCUUGAAGUCCUAUUUGAAAGAGUCUAAGAAGCUCGCUAAGAAAGUUUGUAAGGAUGGAAAUAACUCCCGCAAGUCAAUGAAUGAGGCCACAGCCAAAGAAACCGGUGCUUUGAAAUCAGUAAUCAAAGUUAUUGAAGACCUCAAGCUCGAAUCUGAGUAUCCACCGGCUGUUCUUCAAAAGCGACUUGAGCAGCUGGAGAAAGAGAAAGCAAACAGAAAACGCCAUGCAGAAGCUCCUGCUGUCAAGCCUCAGCAACAUAAACAGCAGACAGCAAAGCAGCAAAAACUGAAGCAGCAGCAGUAUGAAAACAAGCAUCCUCGAAUGACUGCUCCAGUUGGCCCUGCAACAGUCUCAAAUAGUAUCAAUGCAGCAGGUUUGUUGCCAGCCUAUGCCUUGUCAGGCACUGCUCCUCCAAUUCCCCCUUAUGCGGGUUCAUCAGCUGGGCUGUAUGGUUUUGCAGGAGGCCAGAUGGGUUUUCUUGGGAACCCGGGCCCUGCUAGUAACCAUUUAUACUCAUCCGACCAUUAUGUGCCGUCGGGCUAUUAUAACAGGCAAACUGCCUAUGGUGGAUAUGGUGUACCCCCUGAGUACCAUCCUCCAUCUCACUAUCCUCAGUAGUGCUUGCUACUCUUUGUUCUGUGAUAGUAUACUUUUGGAUGGUGUGAUGCCUUUUGCAUUUUUUUUACAAUGCUGGUUAUCAAAAAAGCAAAGUCUGCUUUUUUGUUCACCAUAAUUGUAGUUCAGCAACAAGACUUGGUAAUUAAGAUCAGUGGUUGCAUGUAUGGCAUCACAUGUCUACUUCCGUGAACAAAAUUUUUUGCUUCCGAGUAGUUUGCGUCAUCCAUUAAAAUUUUUUUUUUUUUCUUUUUCUGGGUGUUUAAUAAACUAAUCAGCCUGAAAGUAGAAAAGCUGAUUUUUAUAUCAUUUUUUAGCACUAAUUCUUGUGAACAGUCUACUUUUAGGACCUUUUCAUCCAUUUUCUUUCCCCGGGAGCAUUUUUCCUAAAAUGGGAAAGACAUGCUCAUGUUUUUACCUGUUUUAGGGUUCUCCUCCUUGUGCUGCCAUUUCACAGGGACAACAGAAGUACUCUGCCUUUCACCGAAGGAACUUGAGGUGCAUUCCCUUUUUCUGUCUCAGAAAGAGGUGAUGACUUUUACCUAUAUUGAAUAGGAACUUAAUGUUGGUUUUAGGUUGAUCAUUGUGAUCAACAAAUCGUUGCAGAGCAAGUAGUGUUGGUGAACAAGUAAUCGUCUUUUUUCCUGUCUUUGGUUUUAAGAAAUAGGAAGUCUUUUUUCAUUAAUUUUGCUUGAAGGGACUUGUUUUGUCCCCAUCUUGACCUCUUUGGUAGCUUGCAAAACUUUAGCUCCUCUUCAAUAGUAGAUGCUGCUCGUUGAAAGCAUAAAUCCCCCUAUAUGCCUAAAAAAUGGGGCUGUCUUCUGUUUCUGAGGUUUGAGUAGAAGGAAAGUGUUUGGUUGCCCUAUUAAGUAUUCAUCUUUGUGUAACAUCCAUCUCUGGAUAGAUUUUUUUUUUUUUCCUUCCUUUUUUUUUCACGAGAGCUGGUGUAAAACAGAAUGGAAGCUUUGUGCUGCUCCUCCAUUCUUAUUUAUUAUGUGUACCGUUGCCAUUUGGAUGUAACGAUUUUUUGGCCAAUGGCGUGCAGCCUAACGGCAUAGCAACAACUCCUUCCUAUGAGUAGGGGUCUUCAGAUAGGCUCCAUUAUCGACUCCUAAUGGAGUUGUUCUGCUAUUAGAUAUUAAAUGGGUACCAGGGAAGGAAAGUUAGGAUUUCUUCCAGAAACCUUGUUUCUGGGGCUUAUUUCGUUCAUGUUUUUCUUUUAUCAAUUUUUUCUUUAGUCGCCAUUGGAGCUUUUCGUUUUCUACAUGUGGUCACUUUAUGGAUGUUCCCUUCUUCCUGCAUCUAGUGAAAAUCUGUUCAUUCAAUUUUUAAUUUCAUUUUAUUUGACCCGUUGGACUUGUAUAGCUUAUGGUUGAACGAAGCUCUAUUUAGGGUUGGGGAUCAAGAUAUGCAUUCUUCUUCUGCA